UUCCCCGUCAUGGUUUACAUCCAUGGCGGUGCCUUCGCAGUUGGGUCGUCUUCCAGCGGCACUCCAGACUAUUUUGUAGAGAAGGGCGUUGUGUUGGUGACAACCACCUAUCGCCUCGGUGCCCUUGGUUUCCUGAGCCUGCAGAACACUGACAUCCCAGGCAACGCGGGCCUCAAAGACCAGGUGCUGUUUUUGCAGUGGGUGCAGAGGAAUAUCGCGGCCUUCGGCGGGGACCCCAGCACUGGCGUCAUCUUCGGGGAGAGCGCGGGUGGCGCCUCCACGUCACACCUCUUCCUCUCGCCGGCGACUGGGGGUCUCUUCAGCGGGGUGAUCAUGGAGAGUGGGGUGGCGACGACCCCCUGGGCACUGACAGAGAAACCCCGCGAGAGGGCGUACCGGAUGGCGGAGGCGCUCGGCUUCCAGGCGCAGGGCGAUAACCACAAUGACGACGACGACGCGCGGCUGGCUGCCUUCCUUCGCGCCGCCAACUACUCAGACCUCGCCGGUGACGCCAAUAUCGCUCUCUCUGAUUUCGAGAAGCGCUGCCCAGGGCAGAUAACUUUCGCGCCAGUCGUGGAGCCAGCAUCAGACUCUGCAGUGAUCACCGAGCCUCCAGUUGACACCAUCAGGGCCGGCAGCUACAACCAGGUGCCCAUCAUACUGGGCGUCACUUCCGGAGAAGGAGUUAUCGGACUCUUCAUGUCUCAGCUGCUGACAGAAGCGGGGCAAGCCGACAUGAAGGAGAACUUCACGGCGCUGAUCGGCUCCCAGCUGCCCCUGCCCACGGAGGAACAGCGGACUCGAGCAGCGGAACAGCUGGAGCAAUUCUACUUUGGGGACGAGGGCUUCUCCAUGGACCAGAUGCAGGCAGUGAUUAAUCUUUUAUCCGACGUGUUCUUCAUUCAUCCAGCGGACUCGUUCGCUAGGGCGGUGGUGAACUCCAGCAGUGUACCUGUUCACUUCUAUUACUUUGACUACAAUGGCACCGGCUCCUCGGAUUACGGUAUGAUACAUGCUGGUGAAACAACGUUUCUGUUUGCGGGUGGCUUAUUUAAACCAGACACAGACCCUAAUUCCGAUGAUGGGAAAGUGUCAAAUCAGUUGACAACACUAUGGACAAAUCUCUCAAAAUACGGAGACCCUGCGCCUUCUGGAAAUCCAAUGGUCUGGGAAAUGUUGACGGCCAGUGCUGCCAACUAUCUUGAUAUGAAACUGGAAUUUGUGACACGUCAAGACAUGCUCAAGGAACGGAUGGAUUUCUGGAGAGAAAUACUAAAUUUUCAAUGAGUUACAUGCCGUAAUAUUUUGUGUCAUGUACUGUUCAACGCAAAAUAAAAGUGGCUUCUGUUUAA